AUGAAAACAUUGUUGUUGCUGCUGAAGCAGGAGAGACGACGGACCGACGAGGAAACGCUCCAUUUCAGCCACGUUUCUCGGUCCAUAGUGAGCGUUUUCGGGGGGGAAGCGGCCAUGUCGGUGAAUAUGGACGAGCUCCGGCACCAAGUGAUGAUCAACCAGUUUGUUUUGACGGCGGGCUGCGCCGCCGACCAGGCGAAGCAGCUGCUCCAGGCGGCCCACUGGCAGUUCGAGACGGCGUUGAGCUCCUUCUUCCAGGAGGCCAACAUCCCCGGCCACCACCAGAUGAUGUGCACCCCCAGGAACACUCCGGCCACGCCGCCCAACUUCCCUGACGCCAUCACCAUGUUCUCCAAGCUGCGGGCGUCGGACUGCGGCCCCUGCGGCCCCGGCGGAGCCGGCGCCGGCGUCUCCCAGGUGUCCAUGGCGUGCUCCCCGCCGCCCUCGUCGGCCUCGGGCUUCGGCUCCUUCUGGGCGUCGUCGCCGCCCAGCCACCAGCCGGCGUGGCUGCCGCCGUCGUCGCCCACGGGCGCACACGUGCACCACCAUCACUACCACCAGCACCUGCACCAGACCCCCAUGUGGCCCCCCGGGGCCCAGCCCGGCGGCCCCCAGCAGCCGCCCGUCGCCUCGGCCGUGCACGCGCAGAGAUGA